AUGCUUUCAACAAAUGCACUCGGGCGCUACGCUAUAACCAUGACUGCCAAGCCCAUUAUGCCAGUCGAAUUUACGGCUGGAAUGGACGAGGCUCACGCGAAGAUGGUUGGGUACAUUCGAACUGGAAUCUCCGCCCGCCCGAGUUCUCGCCCAAUCAUGCCCAAGACCAAGUUCAAGAUCUACAUUGCUGUACAAAAAGGAGACCCCGUGGACUUCUCGAAAUACAGGCACACUGGCAUCUGGUGUGUACCCGAGGAUGGCUCGUCGCAUUACUACUACCAUGUGAAGGGUUUGACUGGCGAGUUCAUCUUCGAGCGGCGAAAAAAUUUCGACCCAACAGCUUCGAGAACCUUCGCCAAGAGAGUCAAGGUUGGAACGACGAGGCAUUCACUGACUCCUUCUGAGCUUGCAAUCCAGAUGGAGUCGGUCCCGGUGGCAAACAAUGAUCCCGAAUUCAAUUGCCAGCAGUGGGUCGAUUACGCCCUGAGGGCGCUCUGUCACGCGAAUUAUCUGACGGCGGAGCAAUACAGCGCCGGCCUAAAUGAGAUGCUCGACGCGGCAAUGGAGGCUAAAGAUGAGAGCUCGGCAUAUUGA